AACAAUGACCGUCUCGUUCUGUACUUCACGGGCAGCGGGGAGAACAACGAUAAAAAAACAUAAACAGUAAUUCGCAGAGAAACAAAACAUACUCAUGAACACUUGAUCAGAAGAUGCUCCACGCUCGAAGAAGCACUGGCAUCUUCACCACACAACCCAGGGUUUCAGUUUACCGAAGGAGAAUCUGAUCACGUUUACCCUUAGUCCGACCAACGGGUCAGACUCAACCUGUUGCUGCCUCAACCACAAUCUUCUUCAACAUGUCGGGGUUUUCCGGUAGAGUGAGCCUUCCAACCAUACCCCCUGCGAAAACUAUCAUAAUGUAUCGAAAUGGGGACGCUUUCUUCACUGGCAGGAAGUUUGUGAUUAAUGAGCGGCAUGUCUUAAAUUUUGAGAAUGUGUUAAGUUUGGUGACCAAGGGAAUAGAGGCCCCUUACGGGGCUGUGAGGAAUGUUUACACUGCGCGGGACGGGCACCGAGUCCUGGAUCUGGAACACUUGCAAAACGGAGAGAGAUAUGUCGCUGCAGGCAGAGAGCGGUUCAAGAAACUUGAUUACCUGCACAUAACAACAAAGAAACCACAGAGAAAGAAGCACGACUUGAUACGCCCAGUGCUUCACAGCAGAAUAAUUGUCUCUGCAAGAUGCAGAAAAGUUCUCCACGAGUCCUGCACUAUCAAUGUUUUUACAAAUGGGGAAAUCUUGGUUCCUCCAGUGCGGGUACUUCUACCUAAGUACACUUUAAGAAACUGGGACCGUGUGCUGGCCAUGGUAACUGACAAAGUACAACUUCGCACAGGAGCAGUGUAUAGACUUUGCACAAUUGACGGGACACCUUUACUAGGCUCAGCCGAGCUGGAAAAUUUCCAUUAUUAUGUUGCUGUGGGAGCUGAAAGAUUUAAACACCUUCAGUAUUUCCAGUGGGUUCAAAAUAAAGGAACCAUCAGGGACACGGUUCACACGAUACAUCCUGAAAUACUAGCGCCAAUAAAAAAUGUCAGGAAAACAAAAGAUACGUCAGUCGGUCACAGUGCUCCUUCUACCAGAGAUGGGCAGGUAGUUACUGGGCGCCCAGGAGUACCACAUGGAGUUAAAGGGAAACUGAAAGACCAGGCAGACUUAACAGUGAGGGAGGAAGACUCCUUUUUCUAUGCCAAGCCAGUGAAAGUCAAACAUAAGAAGCAUUCAUCCAGGUCCCCACAUGCAUUCUCUGCAAGGGAGGAGGGAGGGGUAUUUAAAGCUCAGGCCAGAAGAAGGGAGAUUCAUGGAGCCACCGAGGUGCAUGAUGAUACCAAUAUGAAGGUGGACUUGCCCAUUGACGAGGUUGCAGCUGAAGUUGUUCACGAGGAGAGAAUUUCAUCACUAGAUGUAGAAAGGCAGACAGAUCCAAAUACAGAAAAAAAACACUCGCCUGUCCAAAUAGCAUCUUCUGACAAGGAUUCAAAACAGGAGUUACCUGGAGAUGUCAAAAAGACAAAACCAAAAAGCAAGAAGGAUUCUGAAGCAGAAAAUCACAUUACUCCAGAAAUUUUAAACCGAGCUCCUGAACCUUCAGCUGAAAGGACAAAAGCAGACGGACAGCUACAGUAGCUAAUUCUAAGACCCCCUGUAUACAAUAAAAGUGUUUUAAAUAAAAAUGUCCACAUCUUGACAGUGGUUUUAUAUUGGCAGCAUUUUUUCCCCAAAAUGUAUUAUAUAAUGAUAUAUUCUUUUUAGUAUUGCAUACACUCUGCCUGACACUUUGGCUGGUAAGUAUGCUAAUUGCAGGAUUUAAUUUAUUUAAUAACAGAAAUUCAGAGCGAGUUUCACUGUAUGGUUCAUUCUUUUUUUGUAAUUUUCUGAUAAAUUGUUUCAGGGUUUCUGCCUAUACAGCUGGCAAACUGUGAAAUAUAAUUGCACUUGUGAGAAAAUGACUGUCCCAUGAGAUGAAUUUGUUUGCUGAUUAAACUGGGUAGA